GUUGAGCUGAGUAAAUUCUCCUGUGUUUAGUACCUGCGUCGUUCGGCAGGGUACUGACCCUGGCCAUAGCAAGAGGAGCCUGUGUCUUAAACCACUGCCUCAGCUCUGCUUUAACAUAGUCUGACACCAGGGCAUUUGAAAGGAUUUAAAACUACUGCAGCAGGAUGAAGUUUUCAGGGUGUGUGUGGUCUUUGGGACUCCUCUUCCUGCUCUCCACAGUCCAGGCAGCCCACGAUAUCUGCAAUGCCAAGCCAAAAGACCUACCCUUGGGGCCCAUGUGUGUCUAUCGCAGCCCCGAACCUGAUGAAGAUGUGUCAGCUCCAACAGAAAAACCUGAGAAGAUUCCAGAGGCCACGAACCCUCGGGUGUGGGAACUGUCUAAAGCCAACAGUCGCUUUGCCCUCUCCCUCUUCAAGCAGCUCGCUCAGGGAAAGAAACAGGAGGAAAACAUUUUUAUGUCUCCAAUCAGUAUCUCCACAGCCUUUGCCAUGACAAAGCUGGGAGCAUGUAACACUACACUGGAACAGCUCAUGAAAGUUUUUGAGUUUGACACAAUAAAAGAGAAAACCUCAGACCAGGUUCAUUUUUUCUUUGCGAAGCUCAACUGUCGCCUGUAUCGCAAGAAAGACAAGACCACAGAACUGGUCUCAGCUAAUCGUCUGUUUGGAGAAAAGUCUUUGUAUUUCAACGAAACCUAUCAGAAUAUCAGUGAACUCGUGUAUGGGGCUAAACUGAUGCCUCUAAAUUUUCAGGAGAAGCCAGAAUUGUCACGCAUGACUAUCAAUGAAUGGAUUUCUGACAAAACAGAGAACAGAAUAAAGGACACUUUGCCACAGGGCUCAAUAGACUCCACCACUAUCUUGGUUUUGGUCAACACCAUCUAUUUUAAGGGUCAGUGGAAAAAUAAAUUUGAUAAGCAAGAUGUCUUGCCGUUAAGCUUUCACAUUAGUGAGAGUCAGAAAUGCCAGGUGCCCAUGAUGUACCAGGAGACCAAAUUCAAGUACGGCCGAUUUCCCGAGGACAAAGUCAAAGUGUUAGAGAUGCCCUACAGAGGGGAAGACAUAACUAUGGUCCUAAUCCUACCCACUGAUGAAACCCCCCUGUCUGAGGUGGAAGCCAAUCUGGACCUGAACAAACUCACCGGGUGGUUGGAUGCUAUGAAGGAGACUACAGUGGCAGUGCAAAUCCCACGCUUCCGCAUUGAGGACAGCUUCAGUCUGAAAGAGAAGCUGCAGGCUAUGGGACUUGAGGACCUCUUCAGCCCAGAACGGGCCAGUCUCCCGGGUAUGGUCGCUGAUGACGGAAAUGGGCUCUUCAUCUCAGACGCCUUCCAUAAAGCCUUCCUAGAGGUGAAUGAAGAGGGCAGUGAGGCUGCAGCAGCCACAGCUGUGGUGGCACUCGGUCGUUCCUUUAACUUUAACCGGGAGAAUUUUAUAGCCAAUCGGCCUUUCCUCCUGCUCAUCCGAGAAUCCACCAUCAACGCCAUGAUCUUCACCGGCCGUGUCUCCAACCCCUGCGAGAGCAGCUAAUGAAAGACAGCCUGGAGAGAGAGAAAGACAGAGCAAAUACCUCAUCUACUGAUUGGAUGAUACUACCAAGUUUGCUCACUUCCCCAUUCAGAAUAAUGAAAUAAAGAGUUCAACAUCAAGCGUG